AUGGGCUCACCAGAAGAUAAUCGUAGUGAGGCUGCCAUUGGCGAGGUCAAGGUGCCUGUCAGAGGUAUCACCUCAGAUACAGACUCGGCUUCAACGACAGACACAGAUGAACCCAGUCUUCUCAAGAAAGCACAGAAGAAAGUCGAUAAGAAGAUCAUUCUUUGGUAUUCUUUUGUCUACCUGAUUAUGCGAAUACACGUCAGUAACAUUACCAAUACUGCUAUCAUCAAUAUUGAGGAAGGUGAUGGGAUAAAGAAACAGCUGGGCAACUUAACGAGUGCACAAUGGGCCUGGGUGCUCAGUAUAUUCUACUAUCCUUACAUGUUUUUCGAGCCUGUUUCGACCCUGAUGCUAAAACGCUUCUCACCCUCGAAAUGGAUGUCACGUAUCAUGGUGACGUGGGGUAUCAUCUCAAUGUGUCAGGGCGCGACUCACAACUAUGCUGGUGUUCUGGUAUGCCGCUUCUUCCUAGGUCUGGCUGAAGCUGGUUUCUAUCCAGGCGUACUCUAUCAUAUUUCCUUCUGGUUCCCAACAGACUCAAUCGCCCUUCGCAUAGCUUUCUUCUAUGCAUGCGGCCAAUUUUCAGGCACAAUCAGUGGACUUCUCGCUUUCGCUAUAUCCUUCAUGAACGAUGUCGGUGGUCUCGCAGGCUGGCGCUGGGUGUUCAUUCUGGAAGGUAUUCCAGCUAUUCUCUGUGGUAUCUACACACUUUUCUUCCUCCCUGACUACCCCGAGACAGCCAAGUUCUUGACUCAAGACGAGAAAGACAUCAUCAUCAACAACCUACCCAAGACACAGCCCAAAUCUCUCGCUGGGACCUGGAACUGGCAACAAGCCAAAGCCCUCUUCCGCGACCCCACCUUCCCAACAUUCACCCUCGUCUGGAUCUUCCACAGCAUCGGUGGCUGGGGCGUGAGCACCGUCCUACCAACAGUCAUCUUCGAGCUCGGCCUAACAGGCUCAGCCGGAGCUCAACUCAUGACCAUGCCAACCUACGCCUUCGGCUGCACCUGCCUCAUCCUCAUCGGCUGGCUCAUCCACCGCCGUAAAAUCACACCAUGGAUCGCAGCACUGUGUCUCGAAGUCUUCGCCUGUAUCUGCUAUGUUGUCCUGAUCUGUGUCCGCCCACCCAUCAUCCGCUACGUCUUCGUAACUUUCGCAACAGCAUGUUCGAUCUGCAUAUACCCCAUCAUCUGGCCAGAACGUAUCAGAGCCGCGCAUGGAACGACUACCGCUGGUCUAGCAAUUGGAAUCACGAACGCAGCUGCGCAACUCACGGGUAUUGUUGGUCCAGAGGUUUAUCAGAGUAAGUUUGGACCAAUGUACAGAGUGAGUUUCUCGGUGUCGAUUGGGAUGCUGGUUGGUGCUAUACUUGUGAUCUCGGCGACUUGGUAUCUAAUAAGGAGACGGGAUCUUGAAGCUAUGAAAUAUGCCAACGAUGUGGAUGACGAUGUUGUGUCAGAAAAAGACGAUAGGAUCUAA